AAAAGAAGAAAAGAGGAACAAUGUUGUGCAGUAUAAGAAAUUGCAUACCAUCUGUGGUGAGACGUAUUUCAUUAUUUCGCCAGAAUAAUAAGCGAUACGAGAUAAAUAAUAACAGCGAAUUUGUGAAUAAGGUGAUGAACGGCACUGUGCCAGUUAUAGUCAAUUUUCACGCGGAUUGGUGCGAUCCUUGUAAAAUAUUGACACCUAAGUUAAUAGAACUUAUAGAGCCUAUGGAUAAGUUAGAUCUAGCUAUAGUUGAUGUAGAAGAGAAUCCUGAAUUGGUACACGUCUUCGAGGUGAAAGCUGUACCUGCAGUGAUAGCGAUUUCGAAUGGCUUAAUCGUAGACAAAUUUAUCGGUUUAGUCAACAACGAGAUGAUAGAGAAUUUAAUACAAAAACUAACGAACGAAGGACCAAUAAUUACGGAAAGUAACGAUACCAAAUCCUAGUCAUGGCAGUAUAGUAAAUUAUAUAUAAUACACACUUUAUGCUUCCA